AUGGCGGCACCACAGGGCGGCUUUCCUCCUGGAGGCCACCCUCAAGAUGAGUAUAGUCAACCACAACAAUACGCUGAGGAACAACGCGGAAGCGCAGACUCUCCAGCUCAGGCCGAUGCGCCGACCCACGGGCAAAUUCCUCAUGGUGGUAAAAAGAAACGAGCAUACGCCGGCCAGGCUUAUGAGUUUGGAGCUGGUCCAAACGCUGCCUUGGGGGGUCAGUUACAAGGCGGUGGGGCGUACGGCGGGUAUCCUGCCCCUCAACAACCGCACGGUUAUCCGCAAACUGUUUAUGGGACGGAGCCAGUCCAAACUGCUCCUCAAAUGGCUGGCCAGCCGGAACUAGUAGCCGUUGGCGGAUAUCAAGCUCCAGUCGAUCCCUAUCCGUCUCAGCCUGUCAAUAUGAGUCAAGUAACCCAACAGAUGGGUCAGAUGAGUAUGGGUGGUCAGCCAGCAGGACAGCAGAUGCCAGUUCAAAGAAGUGUCCCGCUCAAUACGCUAUAUCCUACGGAUCUUCUAACACAGCCGUUCAAUGUCGCUGAACUAGACUAUCCUCCUCCACCAAUUGUUUUGCCUCCCAACACCAGUGUCACCCCUUCUCCAACAUCGAAUUGCCCUCCAAAAUAUGUGCGCUCUACUCUAAAUGCUGUGCCCACUACGCAUUCUCUUUUGAAGAAGUCUCGUCUACCAUUUGCGUUGGUUAUCCAGCCUUAUGCAUCGCUGCAUGACGCUGAAGAUCCGAUCCCUAUCGUGUCUGAUCAAGUAAUUUCUCGUUGCCGGCGAUGCCGUUCCUAUAUCAAUCCCUUCGUCACGUUUCUUGAUCACGGUCAUCGCUGGCGUUGCAACAUGUGCAACCUUGUCAACGACGUUCCUCAAGCAUUCGACUGGGACGCAGCCUCGCAAAAAGCCCUUGACAGAUGGCAGAGACCGGAGCUUAACCAUGCUAUUGUGGAGUUUGUGGCGCCUCAAGAAUAUAUGGUCCGGCCGCCACAGCCUCUCGUUUAUUUGUUCCUGAUCGAUGUCAGUUUCGCAUCCGUCACCAGCGGGCUCCUGGCCACCAGCGCGCGUUGCAUCCGCGAAAGCCUUGAUAGAAUACCAAACGCAGAUCGUCGAACCAGGCUUGGUUUUGUUGCUGUGGAUUCUAGUCUCCAUUACUUCACUAUACCAAGAGAUGGCUCGGAGAAUUCAGACCCAGGCAUGUUGGUUGUCAGCGAUUUGGACGAGCCUUUCCUGCCUAUUCCUGGAGAUUUGUUAGUCACUCUCACAGAAUGCCGCGAAAACAUCGAGCUGUUCCUGGAUAAACUGCAGGAAAUGUUCCAAAAUACGCAAAACAAUGGUUCAUGCAUGGGUUCUGCCCUUCGAGCUGGUCAUAAACUCAUAGGGCCUGUUGGUGGAAAGAUAACGGUAUUGACAGCAUCACUUCCUAAUAUGGGUUUCGGAAGUCUUGAACUGAGAGAGGAUAAGAAAGCGCUUGGAACCAGUAAAGAGAGUUCUUUGCUUCAGACCGGUAACAGCUUCUACAAGAGCUUUGCUGUCGAGUGUUCGAAGCAGCAGAUUUCUGUAGAUAUGUUCCUGUUUUCUUCUCAAUACCAGGAUGUGGCAUCGCUUAGCAAUCUUCCCAGAUAUACCGGCGGCCAAACUUACUUCUACCCUGGUUGGAAUGCGGCCCGGAGCGAAGAUGCAAUCAAAUUCGCCAAAGAGCUCUCAGACUAUCUUUCGGCAGAAAUCGGCCUGGAAGCUGUCUUGCGUGUGCGUGCCACGACUGGUUUGAGAAUGAGCACGUUUUAUGGCAAUUUCUUCAAUAGAAGCUCGGAUCUCUGUGCUUUCCCGGCAUUUCCCCGUGACCAAGCAUACGUUGUGGAGGUCGCCAUCGAUGAAACCGUCACGAAACCAGUGGUUUGCUUGCAGACGGCUGUGCUUCAUACAACUUGCAAUGGAGAACGAAGAAUUAGAGUCAUAACAUUGGCCCUGCCUACGACACAGUCUCUCGCAGAUGUCUAUGCUUCGGCAGAUCAGUCAGCAAUUGUUACCUACUUCAGUCAUAAAGCAGUUGAACGUACUCUCGGCAACGGCCUUGAACAAGCCCGGGAUGCACUUCAAUCCAAAAUUGUAGAGCUAUUGUCAACAUAUAGAAAGGAACUUGCAGGCGGAAGUGUCGGUGGUGGAGGGUUGCAGUUCCCCACUAAUUUACGAGGAUUGCCUGUACUAUUCCUGGCACUGAUGAAAAACAUCGGCUUCCGAAAAUCUUCUCAGAUUCCCACGGAUAUGCGAUCCGCUGCCCUUUGCCUUCUGUCAACACUGCCACUCCCUCUUCUGACCCAGUACAUCUACCCGAAACUAUACUCGCUUCACGAUAUGCCCGACAAUGCUGGUGUGCCCGACGAGAAUACCGGAGAAAUCACGCUGCCACCACCUUGUAACCUAUCAUCCGAGCGCCUCGUGCCGUAUGGCCUCUACCUCAUCGACGACGGGCAGACGCAAUUCCUCUGGGUCGGCCGUGAUGCUGUUCCACAACUGCUUGUGGAUGUUUUUGGUGUUGCCGAUAAAGCACAGGUGAAGGUUGGGAAGCAAUUUUUACCGGAACUUGAGAACGAUUUCAGCGAGAGGGUGCGUGCUGUCGUGCAGAAAAGUCGCGAUAAACAGUCUCGUGGUGUUGGUAGCAUUAUCGUUCCCCACCUUUACGUUGUGAAGGAGGAAGGGGAGCCUGGAUUGCGACUAUGGGCACAAACUAUGUUGGUUGAGGACCGGGCUGACCAGGGAGUCAGUUUGCCGCAAUGGAUGGGAUCGUUGCGGGAAAAGUAA